AAAAAAAAAAAAAAAAAAAAAAAAAUUAUCUGGGGGACUGUUGUGUGGCUUGUCCUCUUUUUUUUCUAAAAAAAAUUUGAGUCCCCAUGCUAUGAAUUUUAAAUUGUUUUCGAUUUCCCUGCUCCCCCCUUUUUUUUUCCUUGCCUCCAAAAAAGAUGUCAAAUGAUCCAUGGGAUGAUUGGGAAACUGCUGCUGAUGCUGGCUUAAUCGAUUGUAAAAAAGCCAAACCUACUACUGCUAGUGCAAAUCAAUUACUAUGGGAAAAAGCUAACGCUUACGCAACACCAGUGAUUAUUCAAUCCACCACUCACACUGAAUACAAACCAGAGUUAAAAAUUCUCAAAAGACCCCAAGACGCUAAAACCAGAAAUGAUGUGGUUGUUGAGAAACCCAUCAAGGCGCUUGCCGACAGAGAAAAAGAGUACAUGGAAGCCAGACGUAAAAUCUUUGAAAAGUUUGAAAACAAGAAAUAAAAAAAAAUGAUUUGUAAGUUCUCUCACACACACACAUGCUGCU